AGGAGACACUGCUGGAAAAGUGUGCUGAGUGUUAAGAAGUUUGUUGAAGAAGAGGGACCAGACUGGAAGCAUUUAUCAAACUUGUCACCUUUCAGAAGACAUCACUUUAGAAGAAGAUGCUUGUAUACGUGUUCUUGCUACCUCUGUCUACUGCAGCAAUGAACUUAGAUCUGCAGACUUAUCACAGUGCUGUUCUAGAUGACCAGGGUAAAUUUAAAGUGAACUGGAUGCACCAGGAAAACACCAUUACUUUUCUGCUUCAGGUGGAGACCCUGGGCUAUGUUGGAUUUGGUUUUUCUCCCAAUGGAGCCAUGGCAUUUUCUGACAUAGUCAUUGGAGGAGUUAUAAGAGGCAAACCCUAUUUCCAGGAUUAUUUUACAGAUGGAAAGAGAGCCCUCCACAAAGACCCACAACAGAACUUUGAACUUGAAUAUGCAAUAGAAAACGGCACACACACAACGUUAAAGUUUAGCAGACCAUUUCAAACAUGUGACCUUCAUGAUAGGAAUAUAACGGAAAGUACAGUACGAGUAAUUUGGGCAUACCAUGCUAAUGACAUUGAUGGCACUGGACCAACAUACCAUGGAUCAAAUCGUGGUCAGAAGAGCUUACGCUUACUAAAUCCAAAAAAAAAUAAUUUUAUAUCUGCAGAAACGUCAUCUUUCAAUUUCACAAAUCUGGACGUUCCUAUUCCAAAUAAAGAUACUACAUACUGGUGUCAGAUGUUUAAGAUGCCAGUACUGGACAAGAAGCAUCACAUUAUUAAGGUUGAACCAUUGAUACAAAAUGGUCAUGAGAGCAUGGUACAUCAUAUAUUGGUAUAUGAGUGUAACAGAGAUGCUGGCGACACUGUCCUUGAGUAUGGACAUGAAUGUUACCAUCCCAACAUGCCUGAUGUCUUUCUUACAUGUGAAACUGUUCUUUAUGCUUGGGCGAUUGGUGGGGAGGGAUUUACAUACCCACCUCAUGUUGGCUUGUCAAUUGGCACAUCAACAGACCCAACAUACGUCCUUAUGGAAGUCCAUUUUGAUAAUCCAUCACAUCAGCAAGGUUUAAUAGAUAAUUCAGGCAUUAAACUGUAUUACACUCCCCACACAAGAAAAUAUGAUGCUGGUGUGUUAGAGGCAGGCAUUUGGGUCAGCCUAUAUCACAUGAUCCCACCAGGUAUGCCUGCAUUCAGCUCCGAAGGACACUGCACUGUGGAAUGUCUGGAAGAGGCUCUAAAUCAUGAAAAUCCAGAUGGGAUCAAUGUGUUUGCUGUUCUUCUCCAUGCUCACGAAGCAGGACAAGUUCUCCGUGCGCGUCACUUUAGGAAAGGAGAAGAGCAGGAGCUGCUUGCAUAUGAUGAGGCGUUCGACUUCAACUUUCAGGAGUUCAAGUAUCUAGAGAAAGAACGGACCAUUCUGCCUGGAGAUAAUAUAAUCACUGAAUGUCAAUACAACACACAAAGCCGAUCCACAAUGACAUGGGGUGGCCUCAGUACAAGGGAUGAAAUGUGUCUUUCCUUUUUGAUAUAUUACCCAAAAAUCAAUCUUGCCCGAUGUGAAAGCAUCCCGGAAAUAAACGAACAGCUUCAGUUCAUUGGCAUAAAGGAAAUAUAUAAACCAGUCACCUCCUGGCCCUUUAUCAUUAAGAGUCCAAAAAGAUACAACAACCUUACAUUUACAGAGGCUAUGAACACAUUUCAGUGGUCCAAGAAGAAAGGAAAUUCCUUUAAUGAACGUGUCCGGCAAAUUCCAAUAAAUGUCCGCUGUUCUAAGCAUGAAAGUGGAGAAUGGGCUGUUCAAGGCAUGUUGCUGUCACCGCCUGAAGUGAAGAAGGCGUACAGGGCAGAAGAGCUCCCAUGUCCCGCACAGUCUUCACUGUCAUCAUCUGUAAGCGCUUCCAGAGCCACGAGUCUGAUGUUAGCAAUAUGCACAGUACUACACUAUAAAUGACUAUGUAAAAUCAUCAUGCUCUGACAUUAAAAGUCAUAUUGAAAAACACAUAUAAAUGCACUAUUGGAAAUAGUUUUUUAAACAAAAUAAAAUAUUUUUAUUAAAAGUAGAUCUCAGUAAUUUUAUAUAGUACAUGCGAGGGUUCAUCAGUCAUUAUAAUGUUGUGUAAUGUUGUGUGGUCUGUAAGAUAGUUUGUUGUACCCAAUGGCUAGUCGCACUAAGGGAGGAAUUCAAUUGGACUCAAGUUUUUUCUGCAAAAAAAGCCUUGCAUCCAUUGCGCGUAGUUUUGGAUUACCACAAGUAUGCACACUCCCGAUACUUGCAGUAUUUAAAAAAUAGUUGUGGGGUGUUCAGCUCUGAUCCCAGCUGUUCCCUCCAGGAUGGAUGACACUAACGUGGUAGUGGUGGUGGAGGGGGUGGGGGGGAGGUGUCUCACACACACACUCUCACACACACACUUUUACAUUCACUGCUGCUACAAGAGUCCGGAUCCCGAAGAUGGAGGAGAAGACACUGCUUCGGUGAUUGAGUCAUUACAGACUUACUAAGCUAAUUGGAAACUUCCAAUUGCUUUAUUCGUGUUCAGAGGGGGUGCUGCAAAGGAGCCAGGGCAAGUCCCAUAACAAUCAUUGUGUCUAAUUUUCUCUCCUGCAAUUGAAUAGCAAGAUUCUGCAAGCAGGGUUUUUUAAAUCUCCAGUGCUUAAUUAAAUUCCCCUAUAUGAUUAGUUUAGUGACUAUAGAAUAAUAUGUUUUGAAUUACAGUAUAAGGCAGUGAUGAGGAACCUUGCCACUCCAGCUGUUGUUGAACUACACAACCC